ACAGGAUCUGCAGCCUCCCGGUAUGUAACUCAGUAUAUCAGCACCCAGACAACCCUCAGUAUCUAUUCUCACCGUCAUAGAUCCGUAAGGGAGGAGAGAGUCUGCAUUCCCAAAGUUUAAUGUGCGGCUCGACAUGCCACCUCACAUGGAUUACUUCUCCCACGAGUCCCGAGUCCCCUCUGCUUGCGGGCUGACCCGGGAAGAUGAGCUGGAGCCCGGCGUGAUCAGCUGCAUGCUGGUCGGGGACGGAGCCGUCGGGAAGACCAGCAUGAUCGUCAGCUACACCUCCAACGGAUACCCCACGGAGUACCAGCAGACUGGCUUUGACGUGUUUUCUGGUCAGGUCCAAGUAGAAGGAGCCCCGGUUAAAGUUCAGCUACUGGACACUGCUGGACAGGAAGAGUUUGAUGGAUUCAGAGCCCUGUCCUACGCCCACACGGACGUCUUCCUCCUGUGCUUCAGCAUGGUCAACCCCACCUCGUUCCACAACAUCACCAAGAAGUGGGUUCCAGAGAUCCGGGCCUACAACCCGUCCGCGCCCAUCGUUCUCGUAGGGACUCAGUCUGACCUUCUGCUGGACGUGAACGUCCUCAUCAACCUGGACCAAUCGAAUGUCAAGCCAAUCCCGAACUCCAGGGCACAGAGCAUGGCGGACAAGAUCAGGGCUGCAGACUACGUGGAGUGUUCUUCGCUCACACAAAAGAACUUGAAGGAGGCGUUUGAUGCCGCCAUUUUUGCCGCCAUUAAGAACAAAACCCGCAAAUCUAAGAAGAGGAGGUUUUCCGACAGACGCACUAAAGCUUUCUCCAAGUGCAGUUGGAAGAAGUUUUUUUGCUUCAUCUGAACUCAUAAACAGACCCUGUGGGUUGUGGACAAAACUUUAAUUUAUUAAUAUCAGUUAUUAUAUGUUGUCAAGGCUCAGAUUUAUGGCAAUUUAGCCUUGUUUCCUGUUGUGUAAUUGGCCUAUUUUACUCUGGGAUGCCAAAUGUUGCAAAGGGGAAACACUACAUGAGCAAAGUAAACAUUGGGAACGAACAUCUGUGGGGACAGCAGAGAGGAUUCUGGGUCAUUCUCAGCCAGGGUUUUCCCUCUUCAGCAGACACUCGGGACAGUAUGAAAUUGUUUACAUUAUAUUCAAAUAUUUGAUUGUUCCAGGGCAAUAGUAAAAACUUAUCAAAAUCAAAGUAUGUGAAUGCAUCAGUGGUGUGAGCCACUCAAGAGAAGAAGGGCUGUGAAUUUAGACUUUAAAGGAACAUAUCACCAUACAGCCACAGAGCAGAAAGCAGAAGCCGUCAUGUAAAUGACGUGAAUUUGCAUUUGGGGCUUUGCUACCAGAUGCAGCCUUUAAUGUGAGCGGGAGAAACAGAAAGUGUCUGUGUUUGAGCAGAUGGGCGUUAGCCAAUACUUUGUUGUGUUCUCGCUGUCUGACUACUGCGGCCUAUUUAUAUUCAGCAGCUGCAGCAAGUUCAGGUUGCAGUGAGAGGUGCCACUUUCGUACCUGUGUGUGAACGCUCCCCUGGCUGGUUUAGGUUGGUAUCUUCUCGCAGAGUUAAUCAGCUGACAAUGUUAUCACCCCUGACAUGUAUGUUUGAUGGGAUUUUAUCAUCUGUUUAAAGUCGUGCUUGAAAAGAAGCACAGCAGGACUUCUGUCAAAACAAAUGUAUUUCCUCCAUCUUAAUUCUCGGAUCGGCACAGUCACUUUGUUUGAAAAACCUCUUGUCCUAAUAGAAAAGUGGCACGGGAGUGGUAACCUUUGGCUUUUUGUCCCCGUCUCCCAUCAAUCUGCAUCUGUAAAAAGCAAGCCCUGCAGGAGUCUUGACUCCCACCCUGCGGAUUCUCCCACCAACACAGCCACCCUGGCAUUUUAUAAUUUGCCCCUCUUUUGUUUACAUGCUCAAUACAAUCCUUAUCUACUCAAUAGUGUAAGAUAAUACCCUUUUUUCAAAAAAGAACUUGCUUCUAUGAUGUAUGUGCUAAAGAAAGUUAGAUGUUACACUCCAUUGUAACCUCUGAACCGAGCCAAAGGCUUUAUUAUACUUCUUGUGGAAGUUACUUUAAUGUAUGCUAUUUUGUUUGUCAAAACAGGUCGUUUGUCAUGUUUAUGUAUAUGAAAUAUUCAUAAGACAUGGAUUUUAAAUGCAUUUACUUACUCCACUUAUGUUACAUUUAUAUCACUGUAACUAAUCGAAUGAAACAUCUCCUUCUUUGUGUGUCAUCUUUAUAUGUGGGAGUGAUGUGAUGCAAAUAAAAUGAAGUGCAAAUUCAA